AUGGCCGACCAGCCUGACUGCAGUCCGUACAGUACGGCAAUAGCCGGAUCUUUCCACCGCGCUCCUGUGCCAACAGGGAAAAAGCGCAUUCCGGUGAAAUGCGACGGAGAGAGGCCGUGUACAAGAUGUCAAAAAUUGGAAAAACAAUGCGUUUUCUUCGAAAUACCGAAAGACCCGGUCGCGGAAAGGAUCGAAGGCGUCGAGUCCGAGGUUCAACAUCUCCGAAGACAGCUAGAUAAAAUGCGCGAGUUGCUUCAACAGAGCCGCUCGCAGCCCACUCCAAAAUCUUAUCUAACACACUCCCCAGGUCAUCUCCGUGAUCGACAACAGCAAGUACGCCGCGAGAGCGCUUCUGGUUCCUCGGGCACCCAUUAUCAUCAUACACAGAAUGACUCUGAAGAAUUAUUUUCGAAUAUCCCUAUCACGAGCCCCGCUGGCUAUACAAAUGGUCACCAAUACCAAAGGUCUAUGCCGGGGUCCAUACCAGGCCUCUCUCCGAAUGAGACUUCGGCCCAGCCCCCCUACGCCUCCAACCACACAAUUACCAGACCACCCAAAAGAAAACGAUCUGGAUUUGAGAUCCGAGAUGACCCCAUCAUCGACUUUAUUGAUAAAGGACUUAUCACGCUUGAAUGCGCUGUGUCAUACUUCAAUACCUUCUUCGAAGGAUGUGACAGGUAUAUCCCAAUUUUCGACCCUCAAUACGACACUUUCGACUCCGUUCGAUCUCGGAGUAGUAUCCUCCUCAACGCAAUAUGUACCAUUGGCUGCAUGGUCGAGACCAGAUCCGGAGGUUCAAUGUCCGACCUUCUUCACGCCGAACUCAAGAAAUGGAUCAACGUCAUAAUCCAGAACAAGGACUUGAACUGCCUAGAAUCAGUCCAAGCAAUGCUCGUAGUUGCUUGCUAUUCCGCAGAACGCUCACUGAUAUUAUCAUUUGCCACUCGCAUGGCUUUGGAUCUCGGAUUACAUGAGGCCUUUGAUGAAUUGACCCAGCGGCUUGCUCUUCAGAAUGAAGACAUGGCUUAUGCCCUGCCACAUCAGAUGUUUGAAGAAGAGAGGGCUCUUAUGUGGAGCGCUCGGACAUGGUUCGGGCUUUUGGUUCUGGAACAUAUAUUUCGUGUUGAUGGAGGAAAGCCACCUGGAAUUCGGCUAAAAGGGAACCCUCGCCGCUGUCGGGUUUUACUUCGCCAUGCAUCGUCCACGAUUUUGGAUUUACGGCUGUUCUCUCAAGUCGAGUUAAAUAUCCUCAGAGCCAAUGUCGGCGAUACUCUAGGAGGAAAACCAUCGCUUGAUGGACAAAGCAUCGCGGAUUACGUGCAUGACAUGAAACUUGAGUUAGACUUGUGGUUUGACGACUGGCUACGCAUUAUCGAAAGUUGUGUUGCCGCCACCGACGAGAAGCCAUCUCUACUAGUCGCCCUUCGAGUACAGAAAUGCUGGGCAGAAAUGAUGCUCAACUGUAAGGCACUACGAUCCAUGGGCGUUGAGAACGUAGCUGCCAUGUCCAGCACGGAAAAAACGAUACUCCUCACAGCAAAAACCAGUGCCCGUCGACAUCUCCGCCUGAUAAUUGUCGAUCCAGACUUCUACCUCGCCAAGCUGAAGUACGCAAUGGAUUUUGUCUGGGCCAAGUGCGCGUUCUCCUUCCUAUUGCUUCUCAAAUUAUCCCGCCUCCUCCCGGAGCAGGAAGAAGAACAUCAAGAACUGCUGGAGCAAGGUAAUCGACUAGUCGACGAGCUGAGUAAAGCUGGAGCUAGUGGGACACAGUCCGGGGCUGGAAAUAUUUAUCUUCAGAUCUUGAAGGUCAGUAUUGAGAAGUACGGACGUGCAUUGAUGGAAACACAGCAGCCUAACUCGGAUGGUCCCACGGCUACGUCACCGUUCUGGGAGUUGUUUGAUGCUCAGGCAGAUCUUCAGUGGUUUGUCCCUGAGCAGUUUGUCUCCGAGUGGGACUUUCCGGGGCUCAAUUUGUUUUACUUUCCCACUGCUUGGCAAGAUUUCUUUGGUGAUUUCUCGUUGGCUAUGUAG